AUGAACCGUCUCAAUGGAUUGCUCUCCCGCUCAAAAACCACGGACGCCCUGCCGACCGACAUAAAAAUUCUUCCCGUCGGCCAGCUCGAGUCCCUCCGGUUCAAGACCAACCAGAUCGUCGAGUCCAUCCAGCUCCUCCAACGCACCCUCGCCAUGGGCGGCGCCAACCUCAUGCCCCCCUGGCCCGAGAUCCUCUCCAAAUACAACAUCCUCCUCUCCCAGUCCCACAGCUUGUCCAUGACCCUCUCCGCCGCGCACCAAGCGAGCACCGCGGCGCAGGGCAACCCGUACGAGAAGAUCGUGCUCGCACCCCGCGCGCCGCUGUCGGACGCGCAGGUCGACGGCGAGUUCAUCCACCACCUGCGCACGCAGCCGACGCUGGACGUGCUGCGAGCUGAGAACGACGCGGUGCGGCACCUGGCGGCGUGCAUGCACACGAAGGGCUCGCUGGGGGUGCUCGGACUCGCGCCGGUGGUGGGGCCGCGCGGUCGUGGCCACCCAGAAUACGAGGAUGUGCUGCGGGGGUGCGAGCAGAUACGGGUGGAGCACGACCUGCGGGUGGAGCGGGCGACACGGGCGGUUCAGCUCUUGCGGGACAGGUACGAGUGGAAGUUGCGGGUGGAGGUGGAGGAGGAGGAGCCGGAGGACUGGGAGCCUGGAUUUGGCGGCGGCGGGGCUGAGGUGUCAGGUGGGAACACACCAGGCUGGGUGCAGAGCAACGGCAAUGAGGAGGAGGAGGAGCUGGAGUAG